CAGCACCAGCUCACACUGCGGGGUACCGAGGGCAAGGGGCCCGGUGCCCAGCUCCAGCCUUGGGAUGGGUGGUGAGAGCUGGAGGGGGUCACAUCCAGGCUUUGUGCCCCCCUCCUCUAGGGAUGUGCUAUGGGGAGUACCAGCUCCCCUGAGCUGGGGCUUGGGCUGCGUGCCCUGCUUCUUACCUCCCUCAUUUCCUGCAGGAGUGGGGCAGGGUUCGCAAGGACAUGCUGUCCCGGCUGCUUUCCCAUUAAUUGUUAUUUUUUAAUCCCGCUUGCAGCCAGACGUGCAGCCUCCCAGCUCCAUCUGGAUACCCGCCAGCCCUGAGAUGAAGGGCACGGGAUGGGGCACCCAGAUCUCCCCAGUGUACCCAACCGGGGUCCCCCAUCCCAUCCCAUCCCAUCCCAUCCCAUCCCAUCCCAUCCCGGUCGCGGCCAGGCGAGGUGAUGCAGCCCGGUGCUCCCAGCCUGGUGCUCUUAGAAUGAACCAGGCAGAGUCGGACAAGUGCCGUGACCGAAGGCUGGUGGCCCCAGAAAGACCACGGAGGGUCCCGCAGCGGUCGGUGAGACGCGAGUCCCGCCCCGCUGAGUCACCGCCCGCCCUGGGGGAGGAAGAGGGGCGGGUCCGUCUGUCUGGAUGCACCGCGCCGAGGCUGCAAGGUGCGGCGCCCAGCAGAGCUGAGCCCAGCCGAGCCGUGCCUGGCCGAGCCGAGCCGAGCCGAGCCGAGCCGAGCCGCGGCAGCGGGCCCAACCCGUCCCGGGCACAGGCCCUGCUUUUUCCUCAGAGGUCAAGCCAAAGCAGAGAGCUUCCCGGGAUGAAGGUCCUUCUGCUCCUUCUCUUCCUGCUCCAAGGGGCGGGAGCAUGUGGCCAUAAGGAGGAGGACUUCCGCUUCUGUGGUGACCGAAACCAGACCCAGAACAGCUCCAUCAUCUACGAGCAUGGCCCUGCUGCCAUUUCCAUCGAGAACACAGCCCAGGCACUGAUCAUAAGAAGGCCUUUUUUGCCAAGCAGGAGAAACUCCUCAUACAAUUACAGUUUGCCCCCCAUGCUGGGCAGGUACCGCUUCUGCAUCUGCUGGUUCAGGGCCAACAGCACCCUGCGGCUGGUGUACGGGAAGCAGAGCUUUCUCCUGGGCCGAGAUCCAGUCAGCAGCAAUGCCCGGGGGAAGCAGGGUCAGGAGACUGCAGGAGCCAGCACGUCCAUCUUCAAUGUGUCCUACAUCUCGAAGGGCGGGAAGAACACCUCCCUUGGCAGUACCUCUGAGUACUUCUUCCCCGCCUCACCAGAGGACAUGCCCAUCUGGGAGCAGGACGUGGAGAAGCAAGUUACUGCCUUGGAGAGGCUCAUUGCACAGCCUGCGGAGCCAGGCGCAGGAGCCGUGGAGCAGUGGGUGCUUCGUUGCAAACUCAGGGAGUUGGAGAAGAUGCUGACCAAGGUGGAGCUUGAAGGGCAGAACCAGACCUUUGGAAAGGCCACAGUGCAUGCAACUGUCCUGAUUGUCCAGCCCGCUCAGGCUGCGCAGAACCUGGUUUUUGCUUCCCAAAGAGAGGAGGACAGAGAGGUCCAUGGGAUCGUGGUGGACCUGCCGAGUAGCCUGUUCUUGAUGGCAAAGGAGAGGGAGGAGGUGGUAGAGCACAGAGUGCUCCUGAUGGACAUCAGCAGCCAGACCAUGUUCCAGGAUGAAAACAGCAGCCACGUCCUGGGUGACAAGGUGGUCGGCAUCUCUCUGGUGGACACAGUGGUGGCCAACCUCUCUGUCCCAGUGGUCCUCACUUUCUUCCAUGGCCAGCUGCCAAGGAACGUGACCCCACUGUGUGUCUUCUGGCGGGAGGACACCACUGCCAACUCUGGAAGCUGGGACAGCUUCGGUUGUACAACAGAGACAGGGGGCAGCUGGACAGAGUGCAGAUGUAACCACCUCACCUACUUUGCUGUGCUGAUGGUUUCCUCCCUGGAGAUCACCUACAUGCACAGGGAUUAUCUGAGUGUCAUAACCUAUGUCGGCUGCCUGAUCUCAGCUUUGGCAUCUGUUUGCACCAUCUUAUUCCUCUACUUCAGGAGCAAGCAGCGAGACCAGAUCACAAGCAUGCACAUCCACAUGAACCUGCUGGGUGCCAUCUUCCUCCUGGAUGUCACCUUCCUCAUCUCUGAGCAGUUGGCUUCCAGCAGCAGCGAGGCUGUCUGCAGAGCUGGUGGGCUCUUCCUGCACUUCUCCCUCCUGAGCUGCCUCACCUGGAUGGGCAUCGAGGGCUACAACCUCUACCGGCUUGUGAUCGAAGUCUUCAGCACCUACCAUGACCACUUCCUCCUCAAGAUCUGCCUGGUGGGCUGGGGACUCCCCUUUUUCUGUGUGAUGCUGAUCUUCCUGGCCAGUUGGAGAAACUAUGGCCCCUUCUCCAUUCCCAUCUAUGAAUCCAUUGUUGGCAAAUCCACCAACGCAACCAUAUGCUGGAUUACGAGCCCCCUGAUCCAUAACGUUGUGAACCUGGGUUUCUUCAGCCUGGUAUUUCUCUUUAACUCGGUCAUGCUGGGGGCCAUGGUCCGGGAGAUCCUCCGGCAGAACAACAAAGGCCACAAGCUCAAGCAUGUUCUUGCCCUCUUUGGGCUGAGCAUCCUGCUGGGCAUUCCCUGGGCACUGGUCUUCUUCUCCUUCACCUCUGGUGUCUUCAGCCUCAUUUCGCUCUACCUCUUCACCAUUAUCAACUCCCUCCAAGGCUUCCUUAUCUUUCUCUGGUACUGGACCAUGGUGCUGCAGGCAAGGAAGUCCUCUGAUUUGUAGAGCAGCUCCGACAGCAUCAAACUGCAGCCCAAGAGCAGGC